AACGCCAGGACAGGGAUUAUUUAUCUAUAUGGUGCCGCACCUUUAGGAUGAGAGAAGAAAUAAGAGCAGAACCUGAGAAGGUUUUAUUUACUAGAGACGGCAAACAGCUGGAAGAUGAGUUCUGCUCAGAGUCUGGAGAACAAACUGGAGUGCCACUUCACCUGGAACCUCGAUCCUGGAAGUCACACAUUUUCUCGUAUAGGGAGGGUUGUGGAGGACUUCGGCACAGAUGAGGGAAACAUCUGGCUGGGUCACAUUUACAACCUGCAGGGGUUCAUCCAGUGCAAGCUGGGCUCCUCUGAAGAGGCCCUGAAGUCCUUCAGCCGAGCCACUGAGACCUUCCAGUGUCUUAAAGGCUCUGAUGAAGGUCCCUGGUUGAUAGUGAACUAUGGGAAUCUGGCUUGGCUGCACCAUCAUAUGGGCGAAGACGAGAAGAGUCAGGAUUACCUGUCAAAGGUUGAAGCUCUGAUGAGUGAAUACCCAGCACCACCUGAGGAAGAGCUCCACCCAGAGGUCUGUGCUGAGAAGGCCUGGACCCUGAUGAGGUUUGACAAGGAGAAAGCUGCAGAGUUCUUCCAGAGAGCCAUAAAAAUGCAGCCAAAUAACAUAGAAUGGCAGAGCAGCUCUGUGAUGCUAUCAGCAGACACCUUCAAGGGCAACAUGAGCGAAAUUACUCCUGAUGUCCUGAAGAGCCUGAGAUCCGCCACAGAACGAGAUCCAGAAAACCUAUAUGUUGCUGCUCUUUAUUUGGAGGCAAGAGCUGCAAAAGGAGAACGAAUUCAAAAGGAAGCUCAAGCAUUGGCUGAAAGAGUACUAAUGAGGUCUCCAAGCUUUUACAGUGGAAUGAGACCGUUACUGCGCCUUUACAGACAUUAUAUAUCUAAAGAUGAAGCUGUUGAGUUAGCUGAGAAGGCCCUGAAGAGACAUCCUGACUCACGUGUUUUAAAGAGAAGUGCAGCUAUCUGCUACAUGAAAAAGAUUUUGUCUGCAGACUGCAAACACAAUACUCCAAGAGAAACAAUCAGUCGAGCCAUCAGUCUCUGGGAGGAAAGGAUCGUUCUCUUUGAGGAAUCAAAGCUUAGAGUUCAAACGACUCUGGCUGAUUUAUAUGCAAAGGUUGACAUGAAGAAAGCCGACCAGAUUUAUGAAGAAAUGCUGAAUAGAGAAGAUCUACAUUUAGCUGAGAAACAGAUGCUUUACAACUAUUAUGCUAAAUAUUUAUUCUUCAAUAGAAAGGAUAGUCCCAGGUCUAUUGAGUACCACAUUAAGGCCGCAGAGAUUCCAGUAGAAUCCAAUCAUCGACAGACGAGCAUCAAAGAGCUGGAGAAGACCUUGAAAAGAAGCAGAAACCCUCAAAUGUGUGAAGAGAUCUGGAGUAUUCUGAACAGCCUAGAAAAAUCAGCCUGAAACGCAGAAUCAGUGAAUAAUAAAAA